CAGGAAUGAUCGUUAUCAAAUCCUUGCCUGACCCGCUUAACAUUUUGAUCGUGCGGUCAAAAUCACAUCUCUCUCGAACAAUACACAACACAUACCCCACAAACAGAAACGGAAAAACCCUAGCUACCAAUCUGCCCCACGGUUCCAGUGACCCAGAGUGCCCUCCCCUCCCCCCCUCUCUCUCGACUGGUGGCAGUACCGGCUCUAUGUCGCGACGAGACAGUCGGGAUUCCGACUCCAGACGACACCGUUCCAGGUUUGACAGAGAACCCAGUCCCAAGAGGUCCCGGAGGGGUGAGAAAGAUGAAAAAGACAGAAUCGCCAGCAAAGGUAAUUUAGAAAGUGCGAAGCAGAGUGACCAGGAUCAGAAGCACCGCCCGAGGCUGCAAGAUACAUUGCCACUUGAAUCUACAUUAGCACCCGACUCAAAGGUGGAAAAUGGGGAUUCCAGAAAAGAAUCCGAUAAGAACCCCAGUGGACAUCAUGAAGGAACCAAGCACUCCACUAAUCCAUCUGAAAUACCCCGGUCUCAAUCUUAUUUUCAGCACGAUGAGCGUGGUAAUGCUGGGAAAGUUGUUCGAAGCUCUGGUCGUGGUUCAACUGCUGAGCGUGGAUCGUGGAGGGAUCCAAAGGAUAGGCAUGAUGAUAGGACAGUGAGCAAGACAACAACUAAUGAUUCACGGUCAAGAAAUGAGAAAGCUAAGGGGGGUGAAAACAGGAACUGGCGCCAUGAUGGGUUCUUUGAAAUGGAGGCUGAUCCACCAUCAGCAAGGAAAAGACCUGCAUUCAGGGAGAAGAAGAUUCCUGUCGAGUCUGAUAAUGCUGACAAGACAGCAGCAGAGACUGCAAAGUCAAGCCAUCCUGACCCUUCCAUGGAAGGAAGCAGAAAAAAGGAGGAAAGAGGGCACAACCCACGCCACACGGAUAGAUCUGAGAAGCAAUUUGCAGGAGAGAGGGGGUCUUACCGAAGAGAUGCACCACCGGGUGUCUUUCCUUCGAGAGAGAGGUACACUGGUGGUGCUGCCCGGAACAACAGAGGAAGAGAUAGAUUCAGUGGGAGACAAGGGUAUAAUUCUAGUAUGGGUCGUGCUGAGAAAUGGACGCAUGAUUUGUAUAACGAGGCUAAUAGGAGUCCAACGCCGAAAAAUGAAGAGGAUCAAAUUGCAAAGGUGGAAGCACUUUUGGCUUCGUAGGAUCGGAUCUGCAUGCUGAUGGCAAUAGGUAUUUUUUCUGCAGAACACUGUCUAUUGUGUCUUUAAGCGUCUCUUUUGCAUGUUUAACGUAAUUAAGAUAUUCGCUUGCUUUUUUGUAAACCUGAUUGCUGAUAUAAGUAUCGAAAACUUUUUAAAACAUUCC